CACAACAGCAAAUCUCUAGAGCGAUCGAAAAGAGGAGAAAAUUCGCCGAGAAAAAUCCCAAAAUCGAACAACGAAAGUCAAUUUGGCAAUGGAGGUUCCCGGUUCAUCGAAGAAGAUGAUCGCAACACAAGAAGAAAUGGUGGAAAACAAAGUGCCAUUAGCAUAUAGGGAUCAGUGCGCACACCUUUUGAUCCCUUUGAACAAGUGUCGGCAAUCGGAAUUUUAUCUUCCAUGGAAGUGCGAGGAUGAACGCCAUACAUAUGAAAAGUGUGCGUAUGAGCUUGUUAUGGAACGGAUGCUUCAGAUGCAGAAAAUCCGUGAAGAGGAAGCACGAAUGAAGCAAAAGGGACAUCAAUCCAUUCCUCUCAUUCCUAAGACUGCUAAUGUCUAGUUUUUUCCAUCAUCUAGGAAGAUGAAAAAAUUGUCAAGGUCUCCAGAAACCAAGAAAAUUGUCAAAUACUAGUUGGUGGAUUUGUAUUUGAAGUUGAUUUCUGUUGAGUGAUAAAGAUGGUGAACUAUUUGUAACCUCUACCUGAAUGCAAAUAAUGUUUUCUCAUCAACAGUUUUUAUGCUAUUCUAAAACCAGUUUGAUAUUUUU